CUCUAGAAGCACACAUCAGUGCUCCACCUCGUUCGUGCUCCACACCAGAAGCUAGCUGCUAGGUAGCAGCCAUGGCGGCGAGCAGGACGAAGCUCCGGUCACUCCUGCUGACCUUCUUCCUCCUCAUCACCACCGCCAUUGCGGCACCCACCCUCGCCUGCGAUGAGUGCCACAAGCCCCCCAAGGCCCCAAAGCCUUCCCACCCGCCCAAGGCCAAGGCCCCCGCCCACCCGCCGAAGAGCCGCGUACCUUGCCCUCCGGUCUACGGCCCGCCCAAGGGCCACCUCCCUCGCACGCCGGUCGUCGGCCCGCCCAAGGGCAACGCCCCUCACACGCCGACGCCGGUCGUCGGCCCACCCAAGGGCCACGUCCCUCGCCCGCCGGUCUACAGCCCUCCCAAGGGGCCCAUCACGCGUCCGCCGGUCACCGCUCCUCCCGUCGUCGUCGGCCCACCGGUCACCUACCCGCCCAUCACCAACCCUCCGCCCAAGGGGCCCACCCCGCGCCCGCCGGUCACCACUCCUCCCGUCGUCGUCGGGCCGCCGGUCACAUACCCCGCGCCACCGGUGAUCGCCCCUCCGGUCACCACUCCCCCGUCGCCGCCGGCCACCACUCCCACUCCCCCGUCUCCGCCGGUCACCGCUCCCCCGUCGACGCCGGGGAACACUCCCCCGUCGUCGCCGGGGUGCGGCUGCGGUUCGCAGCCGCCAGCGCCAGCGCCGCCGGCGACGCAGACGUGCCCGGUGGACACGCUGAAGCUCGGGGCGUGCGUGGACCUGCUGGGCGGGCUGGUGCAUAUCGGCCUGGGCGACCCGGUGGUGAACCAGUGCUGCCCGCUGCUGGAGGGGCUGGUGGAGCUGGAGGCGGCGGUGUGCCUGUGCACCACCAUCCGGCUCAAGCUCCUCAACAUCAACCUCGCGCUGCCCCUCGCCCUCCAGCUCCUCCUCACCUGCGGCAAGACCCCGCCACCCGGCUUCACCUGCUCCAUCUAGUCGACCUAACCUCGGCGAGUCAGUGUGCCACAGUGCCAGUGCACGUGGAGACGGACGGAUGGAUGGAUCGACAUGAGAGGAUGUCGAUGCAUGGUCGUCGUCUAGCUAGUAGCUAGUAGCGAGCAAGAAGAGAUCGAUCGAUCAGCUAAGAAUGCAUCGAUGAGUGUUUGUUUUUCUUGUGAUUUUUAUUUUGUGUUUGGCUAGGCCUGCGUGUUGUGGUUUGAUGCCAGAGGUGAUAAUCGAUGUGUGCUGAUUAAUUAAUUGGUCACAACUGAUGACCAACUGGUUAAGCUAGCAAAUAAUAAGAAGAAAACAAGUAAACAGUAGUAGUAAGAUUCCAUGUCAUGAAUAAUUCACAGAGCUGUUCCAGAGUGGCCAGUCGUGAUUGGAUUAGACAUCGAUCUUGACUAGGAGUAUGUUGGUGCAAGCAGGCAUGACUGCGACAGUGCAUGCACGGAUUGUAUCUCUUUUCAAUGUCGGUGGUAAUUUGCAGUGGUACCAAGAGAA